AUGGAUAAGCAAAAUGUCAUCUCUAGUGGCAACUUUAUGGUCGUCGACCCCCAUGCCGAUCCUACCGGUUUUAUGACCCCAAGACGCGAUGGAAGGCCCACGUUCGAGCGAAAUCUUCAGGACUUGUUCGACUGUAUGAAUACUGCGUUCAAACAUGGUGUCACAACUCCGAGAUGGAAAAAGUUCAACAACAUGAACAUCCGCCUCAAGGAUCGCAUCCGCCUCAAUAAUGCCAUCUGGCGAACUUGGCACAUUCAAUAUCUCGAUGGGCUCUCCAAAAUUAAAAGAAAGAAGCUGAUCGAGUUCGUCACACCACUAGACUCAGCUGAUUACACUGCAAAACCAGACGUUCACUUGCUAGAAGGCAAUUACUGGCGUCAGCAGAUUCAGAUUUCUAAUGCUAUCCCAACGGAUAGUUUCUUCAACAUGGAAUCAUUUGGUUUUCUUUCGGAUAACGGCCAAGGUUUUCUCAACGACAUUGGUAUGGAUCCAAUGGAGUCGAUGGACUUCUUAUAUCCGAAAAACAGUGAGCAUGCUCCAUACGACUCACCAUUCAACAGCAAAAACAGCGAAAACCAAAACCAUCGAUACCAGGCUGCUUCAAAGAAUAUGCCUGUGUAUAUCCAAUCCGAGUCACCCCGAACGCUCCAACAACCGAUCCAACAAACCCUUGCACCUCAACGUCACAUUCAGCAUCAACAACAACAAGCUCAGGAACCCAUGGCAAUGGAGUACAGCCAACCUAACAGACAACCUCCGCCAUUACGACCGCCCUUACCUCAAACGCAAUUCGAGCCACCUCAGCAAACGCAGCAACAAAUGGCACCAUCCCGGGUCCGGGUCAACUCCGAAAUGGAUCUUCCGAUUGAGGAGAUUGGUACCGUUCCUAUUGACCAAAUUGAUCGUGAGAGUCACGUGAUACUGCCAGAUGGAAAGCAAAUUGUUCUACUACAGCUCCUUGAAGAUGGAUCUUACGCUCAGAUUCGCGGAGACAGUGUCUCAAAAAAUGUCAUCUUCAGCCAAACGAAAGAUAGUCACGCAGUGAGAAUAUCCAACUCAGCGACUGACUCUUACCAGCCUCAAGCUCAGAGUAGUCAAUACGGAAACAAUGAUUAUGAGCAGAAGACAGAAAUCGACAACGGAAUGAGUCAAGAUAACGGCAUAAAUGUCCAACAGUAUCAACAGGCGCAGGAAGACGAACAAAGUGCCGAGCGUCGAAGAAGAUCCACAAUGAAACAAGGGUUUGACCAUCUUGAAGCUCUUCUCAACGAAACCAUGGCAAACAACACCCCUGGUCAUUCAGUGCCAACGAAAAUCUCAAAAGCAGGACUUUUGAUGAAGGCAAAAGACACCAUCAUUCGCCAUCAGAUGGAGAAAAAGCGAAAGCAGCAAGAAAUCGACUUACUGAGGAGAGAAUGUGAAAAUCUUCAAAGACAGAUUUCAUGCGCUCAGGAACAACUCCCGGAAACUGGAUUUCCUCUUUCAAAAGUUCGAAGUGAUAAAAAUCACAGAGAAUUUCUCCAGUACGUUGCCGCGCGAACUGAGCAAAACUACAAAUUUUUUCCUUUUUACUUGAUAAUGAGGAAAAUGUUCGAAUCGUACAACCAGGUGGUGGCAGUGCAGGACGCGGCCAAGUUUAGGAGAACAAGUCAAGAAUGGCUCCAACGCUCUUGCUCACUACCUCAUGUUCGACCUGCAGUAUCGGAUGCAACGCGCUUCAUCUCCACUGACACCUGCAUCUUCCGCCCGAACGCCGACUUCCCCGCCGAUUGCGUGCGAAAAAUGCACGAGCUCCUGAAAGACAGCUCAAAAUACUAG